AUGAGAAUCAUGUUCCUUUUCUCUGUUCUCCUUCUCUUUGUGGCCCUCACACCACCAGCCAGGAGUACUUUGGGCCGUGGUUCAAGACUGUGUGGUCAGCUGCAUGGUGCCUGCAGAGAAGACAGUUGCUAUUCAAUAGAAGAGAAAAUUGGUCACUGCACAAAAUACAAAUUAUGCUGCCGAAAAUGGUGGUUAUCAUCAUUUCUGCCUACACCCCAACCAGAUGGAAAAACAGGAUAG